AUGAAACUGAAGGAAACCGGUGAACUUGACAAAUGCAAAGCAAGCUUGGUAGCAAAAGGUUAUAGUCAGGAGUUCGGCAUCGAUUACAAGGAGGUAUUCGCUCCAGUUGCUAGGCAUGACACAAUCAGAUUGGUGAUUGCAUUGGCAGCUCAAAAUUCUUGGCCGAUUUUCCAACAAGAUGUCAAGUCGACAUUCUUGCAUGGAGACUUGAAUGAACAGGUAUUUGUUAAACAACCUCCUGGCUAUAUUAAGAUUGGAGAAGAGCAUAAAUGUCCUUAUGAGUAUACCUUUUUUGUGAAAAUGGGAAAUGACGGGAAACAACUGUUGAUGGUUUGCUUGUAUGUCGAUGAUUUGAUAUUUACCGGGAAUGAUCAGAUUAUGUUUGAUAAGUUUAAAAAAUCCAUGAUGGCUGAAUUUGAUAUGUUAGAUCUUGGAAGAAUGCAUUAUUUUCUGGGUAUAGAGGUUGCACAAUCAGAUACAGAUAUUUUUAUUUCUCAAAGGAAGUAUGCGCAGGAGAUUCUAAAGAGGUUUCAAAUGGCGAACUGCAAUCCAGUUGGUACACCAGUAAAGACAAGUUUAAAGUUGGUGAAAGAUGAUACUGGAAGAGAUGUCGAUAAUACUUUAUACAAGAAAAUCGUGGGAAGUCUAAUGUAUCUCACUGCAACCAGACCAGAUAUAACAUAUGCUAUAAAUCUUAUUUGCAGAUUCAUGGAAUGUCCAAAGGAAAUGCAUCUUCAAGCGGUAAAAAGAAUCCUUAGAUAUUUGCAAGGUACAACCGACUACGAGAUCUUGUACAAGAAGGGAGAAAAAUCAACCUUGAUUGGGUUUACGGAUAGUGACUAUGCAAGAGACCAAGAUGAUAGGAAAAGUACAUCUGGUUACGUUUUUAUGUUGGGAACAGGAGUUGUUUCAUGGUCAUCACGAAAGCAACUAAUUGUCACUCUAUCAACAACUGAAGCAGAACUUGUAGCUGCAUCAGCAUGUGUCUGCCAAGCCAUUUGGAUGAGAAAGCUUCUUGAGGAAGUUCAUUUCAAGCAAAAGGGAAUAGCUCAACCAUAA